UUACUAGAAAUGGUAUUAUUUUAUUUUCGAUGUCUGUGGGAACUGUUGUAUUACCAUCUACGUAUUUAGUGAGGAAGGGUAAUGUGAAAAGAAUUUGUGGCAUAACUGUGUUUGAUAGAUGUGUCAUAAUUAUGUCUGCAAGUAUCGGGCCUAGGUUGACCCCAGGCUAUGUCAAAUAGUUGUUUGGAAAAAUGAUAGUUGCGAUAACAACUGCAUUAUCACGAGAGGAAAUUCGAGGGCUGGUGAAAACUCCAGACAUCAUUUGUACCAACGUCAAAUGGAAAUUUUUCAUCUUUGCUCUUGUUGCCGUUCUCGCCGUUGGAGCGAAAUCGGAACGAGUCAACUUUUGCGACUUUGCAAUAAGACUGAAGAAUUACGGGUUCAAAAGAAAUGAUGUGAAAACCUGUACGUUUUUUUUUUCCUUUUUUAAACUGAGUCCCUGUUUUAUUUGUUACUCUGUUACUAUACUUUUACUAUCAAAUUUCCAGCAUGGUAUAUCGCAGUGGGUUUGCAUAGCAGAACAGCAAAGCGGGUUGGAACCAACGAAACGUUAUAAUUCUAUUAUGGGAUUUACUCCAAAAUUCUACGGCAUAUUCCAGAUAUCAGAGAACUUCUGCGGCCACAAUACUUGAGGACAACGAGGGUUUUGUGAUGUACUUUGUGACCAUCUUAGGGAGCAAGAGCUUACUUUGCAAAUGGAUUGCGCUUAUAAGAUACACCGACACUAUGGAUUCUCUCCUUGGUCCUGGGACAAACGAAAAUGCAAAAACGUGGAAAGUUGCUUUAUGGCUGAAGGACUUCCCCUUUAUCCCUUUUGAGAACACAGCGGUCAUUGUAUUAAACUAUGAAGAUAAAUAUAUAUGAUUUUCAAAUGAC